AUGACAUUAUGUGUUCCAGAAGAAGAAAGUGCCUUUAAUAUCUUGGAUUACGUUUUCGAAUGGUCGAAACUUUAUAAGCUGGAAUUCAAUCCUUUGAAAUCUAAAGUUAUGAUGAUACAUAAAAAGUCGAUGCCGGAUGGGGAUAUUCAGUUGACUCUUGGGAAUGAACCUAUUGAAGAAGUAAAGCAGAUAAAGUAUUUGGGAGUUAUUGUUGAUAAUAAACUGCUGUUUAAGCAGCACAUAUCUUAUGUAUCCAGUAAAAGUGAAAAACUUCUUCUUGCUUUAUUGCGAAUUUCAAAAAAUACUUAUGGGGUUAAAACAGAUGUUCUUAAAUUAAUAUAUAAUCAAGGUAUUGUACCACUUAUUUCAUAUGCUUCAGGAUCUUGGGGAAACUCUUUGAGAAAGAAGAUAAAUAUUAGAAUCCUUAGAAGAACUCAAAGAAGAAUUCUUCUACGUAUUAUUCGGGGAUAUAGAACUGCUAGUUAUGAUGCGGUCUUUGUUAUCGCUGGUCUUCCACCUAUUGAUUUAAUUAUCUUAAAUAAUCUUGAAUUAAAGGAGAAGAUAAAAGACAACGAUUGUCUAACCCUGGACGGGAAGCUUCCUAUUUCAUGUUUGCCCCACCCAGCAUGCAGGAAACCUGUUAUAAUUAUUCCUUAUGUAAAUAAUGUUUUUCAGGAAUAUGAAACUAUCUGCUUUACGGAUGGUAGUAAGCUUGAUGGAAGGGUUGGUCUUGCUUUUGUAAUUUAUGAAAAUGUAACAGAGAAGGUUACUGCCAAGCACCGACUACAUAAUGAAUGUACUGUUUUCCAGGCUGAACUUUUGUGUAUAAACCUGGUCGUUAAGUGGAUACAAAAUUUUUUUAGUGAAAACCAAAUUUUUAAAUAUCUCAUUUGUAUAGAUUCUCUUUCUUCACUUUUUCUUUUGCGUGACACGACUUCUACUGAAAAGCUUGUGGUAGAAAUUCACUCGAUUUUGAACGCUCUUGAAAACGUAACUAUUCAUUUUUCUUACGUUCGUGGCCAUAGCGGUAUUUUGGGCAAUGAAAGAGCAGACCAAUUGGCUAGGGAAGCUACGUGUGGUGAAAUAGUCUUAAGGGUGUCUGUUCCAGCUUCUCACUGGAAGCGCAUCGCUAGAGAUAAAAUCAUUGCGGACUGGAAUGCUGAAUUUCUUACUUCGCCUCGGUCACUUUGGGCGAAAAGGUUCUUUCCAUCCAUUUUUCACCCUAAACUUUUAUUUGUAUCUUCACAUCGGCGAAAUAAAUGCCUUUCUGAAGGAGAUAUUUUCGAGAGGGAAUUUUAUAUUUUUGACUUGUUUAAAGAUUCAUCGCUGUUUCAACUUCAUGCUGCUGUAACACUUUGA